CUCAGUGAGGCUGAUGCCGUGCAGCAAGCCGUAGGUAAUGAGUCUUUGUGCAGAGUGAAGCUCUUGUCGCUGAACAAUAAAGCAUACGGUACCAGCAAUAAAACACGGGGUUGGCAAAUUUAAGAAGAUUCCACUGAACCAGGAAGAACAGUGCCUUUGGUGAUGCUGACAUAUAGUAUAAAAUGAUAAUCAAUUUAUUUUGGAUUCUAAUGAGUAAAGAGUACAAGGACUAAGACUACAGCUAUUUGAACAGGUACAUGUGACAGCGCUGCAGCGAUGAGUGGAAUUUUAAAGAGGAAGUUUGAAGAAGUUGACGGCUCCUCACCCUGCUCCUCUGUGCGGGAAUCAGAUGAUGAAGUUUCCAGCAGUGAAAGCGCGGACAGCGGGGACAGUGUCAAUCCGUCCACUUCUAAUCAUUUUCCUCCUUCCUCCAUUCUCAAAAGGGAGAAGCGGCUGAGGACAAAGAAUGUGCAUUUUAGUUGUGUCACCGUGUACUACUUCACCAGGAGGCAAGGCUUCACGAGCGUGCCCAGUCAAGGGGGCAGCACCCUGGGCAUGUCCAGCCGCCAUAACAGCGUGCGCCAGUACACUCUUGGCGAAUUUGCGAGAGAGCAGGAGAGGCUCCACCGGGAGAUGUUGAGAGAACACCUCAGGGAGGAAAAACUGAACUCUUUAAAACUAAAGAUGACUAAGAAUGGCACAGUGGAAUCGGAAGAAGCUAGCACCCUUACAGUGGACGACAUUUCUGAUGAUGAUAUUGAUUUAGACAACACAGAGGUAGACGAGUACUUCUUUCUACAACCCCUGCCAACCAAAAAACGGAGAGCGCUGCUGCGGGCGUCCGGAGUGAAAAAAAUUGAUGUGGAAGAAAAGCACGAGCUACGAGCCAUCCGCCUAUCGCGAGAGGACUGUGGCUGUGACUGCCGCGUGUUCUGUGAUCCAGAAACGUGUACCUGCAGCCUGGCAGGCAUUAAGUGUCAGGUGGAUCGAAUGUCUUUCCCAUGUGGCUGCACUAAAGAAGGAUGUAGUAACACGGCAGGUAGAAUUGAAUUUAAUCCUAUCCGUGUCCGGACUCACUUUUUGCACACAAUAAUGAAACUGGAACUGGAGAAAAACCGAGAGCAGCAAAUCCCCGCACUGAACGGCUGCCACAGUGAGAUAAGCGCUCACAGUAGUUCCAUGGGCCCUGUCGCUCACUCCGUAGAAUAUUCUAUCGCAGACAAUUUUGAGAUUGAAACUGAACCGCAGGCUGCUGUGCUGCACCUGCAGUCCGCUGAGGAAUUAGAUUGCCAAGGGGAGGAGGAGGAGGAAGAGGAGGAUGGGAGCAGCUUCUGCAGCGGAGUCACUGAUUCUAGCACGCAAAGCUUGGCACCUAGUGAGUCAGAUGAGGAGGAGGAAGAGGAAGAAGAAGAGGAGGAGGAGGAAGAGGAUGACGAUGAUGAGAAAGGGGACAGCUUCGUGGAAGGUUUGGGUACCCAUGCUGAAGUUGUCCCUCUUCCUUCCGUCCUUUGUUAUUCUGAUGGCACCGCCGUUCAUGAAAGCCACACGAAAAAUGCUCCUUUUUAUGCCAACUCUUCAACUCUGUAUUACCAAAUAGAUAGCCACAUUCCAGGAACUCCUAACCAGAUCUCUGAGAACUACUCUGAAAGAGAUACUGUCAAAAAUGGUACCCUCUCGCUGGUGCCUUACACCAUGACCCCGGAGCAGUUUGUUGACUAUGCCCGACAAGCAGAAGAAGCCUACGGCACCUCCCACUACCCAGCUGCCAACCCCUCGGUCAUCGUUUGCUGCUCCUCUUCAGAAAAUGACAGCGGUGUGCCCUGCAAUAGCUUAUAUCCCGAACAUAGGUCCAAUCAUCCUCAAGUGGAAUUUCACUCAUACUUGAAAGGCCCCUCCCAGGAAGGGUUUGUCUCUACAUUGAAUGGUGACAGUCACAUUUCAGAGCAUCCUGCUGAAAAUUCUUUGAGCCUUGCAGAAAAGAGCAGAUUGCACGAAGAGUGCAUCAAAUCACCCGUGGUUGAGACUGUCCCUGUUUAGUAGCUUAAGUUAUUCUAGGACCAAGUCUUCUCCUAUUUAAAGCACUGUAUUUAAUUGGAUUUCCUGGGCUCAUGGUUGUUUAAACUAAGGACCGAGAAAACUUGGACUGUGGUGAAUCUUCCAGACUGUAUUUUGUUUUCUCCUUUCUAGCUAUGUGACUGUGGCAUUGUACAAAUACAGUCUCUAUGAGGAUUUUAAAAGAUUUCAGACUGUUUUGAUAGAAAAUGCUAAUUUUAAAAAAGCAUAUCUCACAGUUGCCUACCUGUCAAACUGUGUGAAACCUGCCAAGCUGUGUAGAUCAGAGCUCCAAGUUUUGGAUUAUUGGGCCUGUGCAAGAUUGUUAACUAAGACUGGGAAAUAAUUAAGAUUUAGAGUCCUAAUUUUCGAUAUAUCUGAAGAUGAUGGUGACUUUUUAAUGUAAAAGUAAUUAUUGUAAGAAAAAGAUUGAAUUGUUUCAGGUGUAUUUUAUUUAUGGUAGUUAGAAGUCAUGUUUUGAUGAAAAUGAACAGCAGCAUGUUCUUUUAAGCUGAAGAUGCAUAGUUAGUACCACCAAGCAUGCCCACAUGGAUUGCAUCUGGAAUCCAUUCACGUUUUUAUGAUCAUGACUGAUCAGAUUUGCAAAUACUUUCUUAAGGGUGAAAUAGGCCUAUUUUUGCUAUUUUGGACAAAUAAAUGAGUCUAUAUGUGCAGGUCCUUACACAGUUUUCUCUAAAGUUAAGAGUUAGGACAAUCCUCUGGCGAGGGCCUAGUUCAUUGCCCUCCCUCAGCUGACUCCAGAGAUGGAGGUAGAAGGAAUUGCCUUUCUUUUUUAAACAGCAUCAUCUUGGUUCUUAGCUUGGACAGCACCUUUAAACUCUACUCCCCUACAUCAAAAUGCACUUUAGUGCCCCUUCAUGGUACCUUGUGAGGGGUGGGGACUGAGAACUCUUUGAGAUGAAAAA